AUGAAAAAAUUAAACAUUUGUCAAUUUCGUAUUGGAACAUUAAUGAAAUAUCCUCCAUUAAUAUCAUCAGAUUCAAAGAUAUAUGGAAUUCUUAUUCAUACAAUAAAACUUGAAAUGGAACUUAUUCAAAUGUAUUUAAUGUCAAAUAAUAGUUUAUACAUUUUUACUAAAAACAACAAAAAUGUAUAUUCACUUAAUCGAAUUGAAUCAAUUCGUCAUAAUUGUUCUCCAAUAAUAUUAUUUGAAAAACUUCCAUGUUUAUCAACAAAUAUUUCAUUUGAUAAUAAAGGUGAAUUCGGUAUAUUUAUAAAUGCUGAUGGAACAAUUAUUUAUAUAUUAAAUAUAAAAACAAAUCAAUUAAAAACUUAUGCAAUAACAAAACAAAAUUUAUCUUAUCAUGAUAAAAUAAUAUGUUCACAAAUUCAUCCAAAUGAAGAAUGUCUUGCUUUAGGAACACAAUCUGGUCGAAUUGCUCUUUGGUAUAAUUUUCUAAAUUCAACAAAUAAAGAAUCAACUGUAUCAUAUUUACAUUGGCAUUCAUUACUUGUUUUAUGUUUAUCACUUUCAACUGAUGGUUCAUAUUUAUUAUCCGGUGGACAUGAAUGUGUUCUUGUUAAAUGGUUAUUUAGAAAAAGUGAACCAACAUUUCAACCAAGACUUGGUGCACCAGUAAUUUAUGUUACUUCAUCAAAUGAUCAAACAUUUUAUGCAUGUACUCAUUCAGAUAAUACUCUUCAUUUAAUUGGAACUUCAUUACCAGCCGGUAUUCAUGCAUUUAAUUGUCAACAAGCUCUUGUUAUGAAUAGUGGAAAACCAGAUUAUCUUCAAUUUACGUCAAUUGAUAAUGGAAAAUUACUUUAUAAUUUGGAUAUUGUUGGAGAAAAUUAUGUAUCACCAAAUGAAAUAGCUGAACAAUGUAUUUUUACAGAUAUUAAACGUUUAACUAUUGAUCCAACAGAUACAUGGUUAGUUACAUUUGAAGAAUGUUCAUCAAAUACAAAUUCUGAUGAUCAUCAAAAUGAAAGAAAACUUAGAUUUUGGAAAUUUUUAUCAAACGAAUAA